GCGGGCGCCGGGUGCUGCGGAGCCGGCGGGGCGGGUUCACCAGUCAUGGCAAGAAGGGCCUUGAAACUUGCCUCGCUGGCAGCAGCUGCUUCUGGCAUCUAUCUGUAUGGCAACAAGUUCGUGGAUCCCAAUGAUUUUGGAGUUGUUCGUGUGGGCCGAGCCAUUGCCACAACGGCAGUUAUCACCUAUGACUACCUCACCUCCCUUCGCAAUGUCCCAUAUGGAUCAGAGGAAUAUGACUUCCUCAAAUCACAGGUGCACCUGCGCUCUGCUGAGCGCCUCCGAGAGCUGUGCUGUGCUAACCGAGGCACCUUCAUCAAGGUGGGCCAGCACCUGGGGGCACUUGACUACCUGCUGCCAGAGGAGUACACCCGCACGCUCAAGGUGCUGCACAGCCAGGCCCCACAGAGCACCAGACAAGAGAUCGAGCAAGUCAUCCGCGAGGAUCUGGGCAAAGAGGUAAAAGAACUCUUUGUGAGUUUUGAGGACACACCUUUGGGAGCAGCAUCACUAGCCCAGGUGCACAAGGCAGUGCUGCAGGACGGGAGAACGGUGGCAGUAAAAAUCCAGCACCCAAAGGUCCAAGCUCAGAGCUCCAAGGAUAUUUUCCUCAUGGAGGUUCUUCUCUUGAUUGUGAAGCACAUCUUUCCAGAUUUUGAGUUCAUGUGGCUGGUGGAAGAAGCAAAAAAGAAUCUGCCUUUGGAAUUGGAUUUUCUCAAUGAGGGCAGAAAUGCUGAAAGGGUUGCUCAGAUGCUCAAGAACUUUGACUUCCUCAAGGUCCCCAGAAUCUAUUGGGAGUUCUCAACAAGGCGUGUUCUUCUCAUGGAAUUCAUGGAAGGGGGACAGGUGAACGACAAGGCAUACAUGGAGAAGAAUGGCAUUGAUGUCAAUGAGAUCUCUCGCAACCUGGGAAAACUCUACAGUGAAAUGAUCUUUGUGAAUGGCUUUGUCCACUGCGACCCACACCCAGGCAAUGUGCUGGUGAAGAAGUGCCCAGACUCUGGCAAGGCCUACAUUAUUCUCCUGGACCAUGGGCUCUACCAGGUGCUGAGUGAGUCAUUCCGCAUGGACUACUGCCGCCUUUGGCAGGCCCUUAUCAAGGCUGACAUGAAGAGGGUGCAGAAGUACAGCCGGCGGCUCGGGGCAGGGGAUUUGUACCCUCUCUUUGCCUGCAUGCUCACCGCCAGGUCCUGGGAGUCUGUCAACAGGGGAAUUGACCAGUCACCAGUCUCAGCCAGUGAGGAUGUGGAGAUCCGGUCCAAUGCUGCUGCUUACCUACCCCAGAUCACCCAGCUCCUCAACAGUGUCCCCCGCCAGAUGCUGCUGCUGCUGAAGACCAAUGACUUAUUAAGGGGAAUUGAGUCAGCUCUGCAUACACGGGCCAGUGCCAGUUCCUUCCUCAACAUGUCUCGCUGCUGCAUCAGAGCCGUGUCUACGUAUCAGAGGAGCAAAAGUCACUCAAUUUUCAGGAGGAUCCACAUCUCACUCACAGAAGCACUGAGUCUAUGGCAGAUCAACUUGUAUGAACUCUUUCUGUGGCUGAAAGGGUCUGGUCUGGGAAACUGGGUCAUUGCUUUCCUGAGCCGGAUGCACCAUUCCAUGUAACUGACAUGAACUGAUGGGAGAGGCUCAAGUGUUCCCGCCCUCACUUCUACUCUCCAUGGCACAUUUGCAUUUAUGAUUUUUUCUGUCUGUUCUGUGGGCUGUUCUUGGGUCUUGCUCCUUGUUACAUGCUGCACUGUCCUUGCUUGUUACAACACAGCUUUCUCUGUGGCAUCAAGAUUGUGGAGUAGGUAUGAGGGUUCUGCUGCUUUAUAGUUUAGGAAAGGAAGGUGUGGUAUACUGUGUGUCAGGAAAGGCAUAGUACUUUCUGUCCCCAUUUGAACUGGGGAAAUUCCACACAGAUUCCAGUGGUACUGCACUGGAAGCAAAAGACUUUUCUAGUCUCUUUCUUAAACAAUCUUACAAAAUUUAAAAAAAUCACUGCCCUGCCUAGAAUACCCCCAAACCCCAUCCCUUUAAAUUCCAAUAUGAUGUAUUUUAGCUAUUGCAGAGUCUCCCUAGUCUAACAUCUGAUCAAAUGUGCAGAGAGUUUCUCAGAGAGAAGUGAGACCUUGUGGAGAGCUGGCAAUAUGGCUUCUACUUCCAGCACUAGGGCACCCUAAUGGUGAGAACAGUGGACUGGAACCCUGGCUUCCUGAGGUUCAUCUCUUCUGUUGUCAGCAAGUGCCUAUGUGGUUUUGGACUUUUUCAGUCCUGUUUCCUUGCAGUUGUAAUGAAGGAGAAGUGGUCCUAUGGUUUGUGGUUUUUAUUUUUCUUUUUUCAAAAAUCAGGGAUAGCAAGAGGAAGGACAACUCAGGGCUCUGAAGCUGCUGGUAAUGUAUGUGUACUGUACAGAUGCUGCCACACAGCCAAAAUAAAUGUGUUGCAUCAAAGACA